GGCCCACAGGUCUUCUGAUUCCGCAUCAGUCAGCGUAAAUGCAAACUUUGUAUUCCAACCCAUAGGACUGCAUAUCAUCGCAUAUACACAAUACACUUCGGUUCAACUCGUUAGUCCAAACUGUGUCGGUUUUCCACCUCGAUUCGAUUCGAUUCGAUUGAUCGCCUCCGUGGCGUCAUAACCUGCAGCUGGUUCUACUUGACCACUAUGAUAUCCGCUGACAGUGCAGAGACACUCUGGACGUUUUCUCAAGCAUUCACAUCCUCUUUCCAAGCGUCUUGUUCUGAACUUGCCACCCGUCUCAAAGUUGCAGAUGCAGGUUCUGUGCACACCAUCGCCGGAGAAAUACAGGCCCUCAACAAGCGUUUGACCGAAGCCACCGGGAGGCUUCCAAGCUACGAUCAAAGACAAAAUGAACUGCAACUCAAAGCAUUAGAGAAGUCGCUCGAGGAAUUGCGCUCAUCGACCACAGGGAAAACGAAAUUCGCUUUUAAACGGAAGGUCAAGAUAUCAGCGUCAGCAUCAGCAGAGACCGCAACGCCACCUACUCCAGUGAAUGCACCAGCGAUACCUACAUCAACAAUAUCUACUAGUGCCUCCAGAACGAUAUCCGACCAGUCCAGUUGCUACCUCUCUAGAUCGUGCCUUUCUGGUCCCACCUCAUCCACAGAUCACAUAGAGGUGUCUAUAAUAAGAAUAUCGAGCAGCAUCUUAAAUCUUCUUACGACUACGAACGAGUCAACUCUGUCUGCUAAUACCGUUUCCCUUUCGGCGCUUCACAUCCGCGACAUACAGAAUUCAAUCCUCAUUCUAGGGACCGUCGAUGGUAGCAUCAUGUUGCACAACUUAACAAAUUGUGUGGUUGUUGCUGGAUGUCACCAGUUCAGGAUGCACAAUUCUACUGCUGUAGACGCCUAUCUUGACAUUACAUCGAAUCCCAUCAUCGAAAGCUGUGAUCAAGUGAGGUUCGGCGUCUACCCAAACGAGUUAAAGACAACCACUAAGCAGCAACCUCUGGCUACCAAAAACCAUACCGAAUUCCCUUUCUUGCCCCAGGACUUCUCGCAUAUUCGCGCCACACCAUCACCCAAUUGGAGAGCGCUGGAGGAAGACGAGUCAAUUCAUGAUUGGCCCCUUUCAGAGACCAAUUACGCUAUCCAACUCGAAAGGGCAUUGCCCCGUCCUAAAACCUGAUGCUUAUUGCUGAUGGACUUCAUAUACCCGGGCACGCACGUGGGAUCCUAGUAGGUGAAGAAGAAGUUGCUGUCAUGAUAAUGAGUCCCAUCAAUUGGCUAUGUUGACGUCCGGUCAGAUGUACUAGGUAGAAGCGAAUUGCUUCCGCAAGAUCAAAUGUUCCGUCCUUACAUAUGUUAAAUUUUAGAUAUACCGUCGUAUAAAAUGAUUUAAGUGGCUUACCUGUUCUCUGGUUCUGGAUCAGUUAGUACUAGUAUUUAGCGUACAGGAAAGAUAAGGCAAGUUUAAAGAACUCCGGGAGAUCUUUAUCAAUACCAUCAGUCCUUGAAACAUUUGUCAGUGUACCGCACCCCCGGACAAAAACACCAUGCUUGAUUUCCCCCUUUGCCAGGUUACGUUGCACAUAGGUAAGCUCGUUCUUGAUGAUGCAUUGCGUCAUUAUAAAGUGGAAGUCAUCUCCG